CGUGGGUCUUCGGACAGAACUGCCUCAUUCAUCAGGGGCUCUAGGAGGACUUGGAGUUGCUGGCACGUGGGCGGUCCCCGGAGCUCGGGUCCCGGCGGCCGCUCGGCCCGCCAUGGCUGCGCACGCCCGCCGUCUGUGCCACAUCGCCUUCCACGUGCCGGCCGGGCAGCCCCUGGCCCGAGAUCUGCAGCACCUCUUCGGCUUCCAGCCCCUGGCGGCGCGGGAGGUGGGCGGCUGGCGGCAGCUGGCCUUGCGCAGCGGAGAGGCGGUCUUUUUGGUAAACGAGGGCGCCGGACCCGGGGAGCCACUCUAUGGCCUGGACCCGAGUCACUCGGUGCCCAGCGCCACGAACCUGUGCUUCGACGUGGACGAUGCGGCCGCUGCCGCGCGGGCGCUGGCCGCUCGGGGCUGCCACGUGCCCGUGCCCCCGGUGGGCGUGCGGGAUGCGCAGGGCGCCGCCGUCUACACCGUGGUCAGCUCGCCGGCGGGCAACGUCAGCCUGACGUUGCUGGACCGCGCGGGCUAUCGCGGGCCCUUCCUACCCGGCUUCACCCCCGCGUCCCCCGCGCCAGGCCCGGGCUGGGUCAGCCACGUGGACCACUUGACCUUGGCUUGCACCUCUGGCAGCUCCCCUACGCUCAGGCGUUGGUUCUGCGACUGCCUAGGCUUUCGCCAUUUGCCGCUGAGCCCAGGUGAGGAUCCAGAGCUGGGUCUAGAGGUGGCCGCGGGGUCCGGGCGCGGAGGGCUGCGGCUCACGGCCCUGCAGACCUCGCCCGGCAACGCGGUUCCCACCCUCGUGUUGGCUGAGUCACUGUCCGGAGCCACCAGCAAGCAGGACCAGGUGGAGCAAUUUCUUGCCCGGCACAAGGGGCCAGGGCUGCAGCACGUGGGGCUCUACACGCCCAACAUCAUCGAGGCUACAGAGAGGAUAGCAGUGGCCGGGGGCCGGCUUCUGACACCUCCAGAAGCUUACUACCAACAGCCCUGCAAAGAGGGGCAGAUCUUGGCUGCAGGGCACAAGCCUAGCCUUCUGGCCCGGCAAGGAAUCCUGCUAGAUGGCGAUGAAGACAAGUUCCUGCUGCAAGUCUUUACCAAGUCUCUCUUUAAGGAGGACACCUUCUUCCUGGAGCUGAUUCAAAGACAGGGAGCUACAGGCUUUGGCCAGGACAAUAUCCGUGCGUUAUGGCAGUCCGUGCAAGAGGAAGCUACGAGAGCACAGAAAGCCUGAAGCUGGCCAGAGCUAUGCCUGCUGGAACUGAGACCCACCUACAGGAACCUCACCCAGCUACCAAAAGCCUUUGCCCUCAGGACUAGGUGUGGCCUCCAACUCUACAGUUCCAGCCCCCAUUUGGGUUUCUUACUGGGGUGGGACUUUAAAAAAGACAAAGCUGUACCUUUUUGCAGCUUAAUAUUAAAUGCAUGUGAAAGAUAAAAUAAAGGAAUGAUACAAUUAGGUCAUAGAACACAGCUUGUACUUUUGAAGCCUUUGUUCCUGGCAUUCCCGUCCC